AUGGAGUUGCCCCCUGGAAUGCCUAAUGCAGAAAACAAGGUUUGCAAACUUUUAAAAAGCCUUUAUGGUCUCAAACAGGCAUCUCGAAAAUGGUUUGAAAAACUGUCUACUGCCCUCAUUAGUUAUGGUUUUACUCAAGGGAAUUCUGAUUGCUCUCUUUUUAUAAAGAAAUCCACAACAUCUUUUAUGGCAUUGCUGGUAUAUGUUGAUGAUGUGUUGUUGGCCAGUGAUAGCUUACAAGAAAUUCAACUCUUAAAAGAAUUUCUGCAUGAUCAAUUUACUAUAAAAGAUCUGGGGCCCCUCAAAUAUUUCCUUGGAUUGGAAAUAGCAAGAUCCAAAGCAGGUAUUUCCAUCUGCCAAAGGAAAUAUGCAUUGGAUAUUCUUCAAGACACAGGAAUCAUUGGUGCAAAGCCUGCAGCCUUUCCAAUGGAGACCAACUUAAAGUUGACAGCCAAUGAUUCUGAUUUGUAUGAAGAUCCUUCAGCCUACAGAAAACUCAUUGGGAGACUACUAUACUUAACACUUACAAGACCAGACCUUGCAUAUUCAGUACAAGUCCUAAGCCAAUUCCUAGCUAAGCCUGCUGUAAGUCAUUAUCAAGCAGCAGUUAGAGUGUUAAGGUACUUGAAAGCAACUCCAGGCCAGGGAUUGUUCUUCUUGGCAUCCUCAGAAAUGCAACUCAAGGCAUUUUCAGACAGUGAUUGGGCAGGGUGCAUUGAUACAAGGAGAAGUGUCACAGGGUUUGCAGUGUUUUUGGGUAACUCAUUGAUCUUAUGGAAGUCCAAAAAGCAACUAACUAUCAGUCGAUCAUCUGCUGAAGCAGAAUAUCGAGCACUUGCAGCCACAACAUAUGAAGUCCAAUGGUUGAAUUAUGCACUGCAGGAUUUACAGAUUCAUCAUUCUCAGCCAACAUUGAUGUAUACUGAUAGCAAAUCUGCCAUGUCCAUAGCCUCCAAUCCAGUUCAGCAUGAAAGAACCAAACACAUCCAAAUUGACUGUCAUUUAGUUCGUGAAAAACUACAGCAAAACCUUAUCAAGCUAUUUUACAUUCCAUCUCGACUACAGUUGGCAGACAUCCUUACAAAACCACUUGAUUCUUUACCUUUUCACCAUACUCUCCGCAAGAUGAACAUCCUCAAUAUUCAUGUUCAUCUUGAGGGGGGUGUUGGAGUAUAG